AUGGUGAUCCACUUCACCAGAGGAGCAAGCCAAGAAACUGGAACAGGAACAAUCUUGGACCGUCUCCUUAUAAGUUCGCCACCCCUUCAUCUUACUUCUGAUACUUUAUGUCCGAGAUGUGGUGACCAAACAAGAACUGAUGGUGUCAUCUCCAAAGCUAUAGGAGGCACUUGCACCACUGCAUCUUCUGAUCCAACUGAAGAUGUCCUUCAACGUUUGCUUGUAGCCACAAAUAUCAGUGGAGGGCCGAGUCGACAAGCAGCAUCUUGCGUAGCUGUUGCUAGUGUUGUAGUUUCUUCACCACUUAUAUUGAUGACUUUUAGCUUUGGUGGUCUUGCAUUGGUAGGAUGUGGCAUGUAUUGUGUUAGCAGAUACGUUUCUGAUAUUGGAGUACGCAGUGAUGUAACUAAAGUACCAGUGGAGAAGAUAACUGAAUUGGGCAACGAAGAUGGACUAGAGUCUAGAUAG